AAUUGGGAGUCUGAUAAGAUGUAAAAGUGCCACGAAGAAUUGGUUGACACUUGGUUUUGCUAUUUGAAUUAGAAUAGUUACCGAGAAGAAGCUCGUCGAAAUGAAAGGAUUUGUGGUUCUAGCCCUUGCCCUCUUGGCUUCUACCCAAAUUUCUGCUCAAACUCCUCCAACAUGCGUCGACGCAAAAUUCCAAGCUUGCCAGUACAAUAUGGCUCAAAGCCUCGGGCUCAAUGAUACGGUAUCUGCUCAAUUGUUCAAGGACUAUACUAUCAUGUACAACUACUUCCUGUACAUGUUCGGAAGAAAUCCAGGACAGACUGCCGAUAUGUUGACCGUUUGCAACAGUCUCGAAACUUUCAAUCUCUGCAUGCACGGAAACCGUGGAUGUUUGGACAUUUACAACCUAAUCAAGAAGACUGACAUUAAUAAUGCUUACGCGGUGGAGGCAACCUAUAGACAAUACUCGUCCUUCAACUGUGGCCCAGGAAUUAAUACUCUCGAGCACGAAGGCCUCAGCUGCCCACAACGAGUUCUCAACACCCAAUCAAAUAUUCUCAUCGGAUGCGUUCAAACCUACAUCACCAACGUGGCAAAUGACGCUACAAACGGUUGCAAGUACGGUCAAGACCUCAUGAAUUGCUGGUCAGCCCCAUUCCAGACUGCUCCCUGCCGCAGAGAAGCUGGAGUUGCCACGUGGUGGGCUUGUGAGCAGAAUAAGGUUUUCGUGAAGACUACCUUCCCAAGUUGCCCAUUGGCUUGUGAUGAAAAAUUCGGCCCAUUCUUCGGUGCCAACGCUAAUUGGCUCGAUACUCACCACAAAAUUGUCGAUGAUGUUCAUUGGUUCAAGAUGCCUGAUACAGUUGAGCAGAAGGACGGUCAACUUGUCUCUGUUGAUGGAGUUUGGCUGAAAUCUCUUUAAAUUUUACUUUAAAUUUGAAAAUUUGAAAAUUUUGAUUUUUUCGAAAUAAAUGUUUAUUGUAUUCUUU